GGCACCCCACGCGGAGAAGAGGGCGCUCAAUAUUAAGUUGGCCGAGACUCAGCUUGAUGAGAGAAAGAAGGAGAAGGUGCAGUCCGAAACGCUGUCCCGGACCGCCUGCUCCAAGCAGGACACGCGCACGUUCGGGGAGUUGGUCCUCGGCCGCGGCGGGCGGGAGUGGCCCGCGGCCGUGGAGGGCGCGAAGAGGACGGCGGCCAAGUGCGCCGAACUCGGCGGCAAGCGGCGCUAUCGCGACGAGUGGUCGGAGCUUCCCCUGCCUCGCAGGAUCAAGCGCGAAGACGAAGAGGAAUUCAGGGAAGCGCGGGCGGAGAUCACCGCCUCGAGCAGCCAGGGCACCGCGAGCGGACCACCGGCGGCGCUCCUGGCCACGCAGGUCGCCCCCGAUGCGCCCGCAGGCGCCGCGACGCCCCGCGUCGAUGCGCCCGCCGCCGCGGGGCCGAGCGACGCUGGCACGACGGCGGCAGGCGGGGCGGAGGCCGCGAAGAGGGGCUGCGGCAGCCCCGAGGAGAAAGAGGUGAAGGCCAAGAUCCCCAAGACAGAGACGACGCUCUCCGCGGCCACCGAGCUCAAGCCGUUGCGCCUGAAGGUGGAGGAGCCCACGCAUGCAGUGGGCGCCGUCGUCGACGGGGCGACCGAGUGCAUCGGCGAGUUCCUUGCCACGAAGGGCGCGAAGCAGUUCGUCAAGAACUACGACGAGGGGGCGCGCGAGUCGGAGCUGAACAAGCUCAACAGCAAGAAGGAUGCCGUCAAGCAGGUCGAGUCUAAGCUGAGCCAGAUCUGCGCCGUGCACACG